AUGAUGAAUUUAUUUCAUAAAUAUAAGUACAUUUUUAAAAUGAGUGAAAUGAACUCUUUAGCAUAAAACUUAGUCAAGCCUGAUUCACUAAAUUAGAUCAAUAACAAAUAAAAAAGUUAAUAAAAUCUCCAAGAGGAAUAAUAACCAAUUAUUAAGUAAAAGCUACCUUAAUAACCUAAACCAGAUAAAAAGGCACCUCCUUAAGAUUUUGGACCAUUUACUGAUUUUGUUAGUAUAGAUAUAAGAGUUGGUGAAUUGAAAAAAGUUUGGAAAGUAUUUUAAUCUUUUAUUUAAGCAUGAAGAAUCUGAUAAAUUAUAUUGUGAAGAAAUUGAUAUUGGAGGUGAAAUAAGAUAGAUAGCAUCAGGAUUAUAGAAAUUUGUGCCUAUUGAAGAAAUGACAGGAUAAGUUUUAGUAUUAGUAAAUCUUAAACCACGAAAAUUAGCAGGUAUUUUUACAUUUUAUUGUUUUAUAGGGUUUAUGUCAAAUGGUAUGGUUUUAUGUGCAUCUGAUUCAACUCACACAAAAGUAGAAUUAAUGAGGCCAGCUCCUGGAAGUAAAUUAGGUGAGAGAGUCAAAAUUUAAGGUCAUGAAAAUAUUUUUAAGGAUGAAAAAGAAGAUGUUUUGAAUCCAAAAAAAGGACAAUGGGAAAAAGUUGCCCCACUUUUAAAAACUAAUUAAGAUCUUUAAGCAGUUUUUGAUGGUAUUAAAAGUAAAUAAAAUUAGGACAUCUAUUAAUUACAUCAUAAGGGCCUAUUGUUAGUAAAACAUUAAUUAAUUCAAAUAUUUCUUGA